AUGUCGGGCAAAGCACAGGGACGCAAAAUUGCCAUUAUCGGCUCUAACGGUCAUGUUGGACAACCGACAGUCAAGGCUCUUCUCGCACCUGGCAUUCACACUAUUACUGCUGUCCAACGCAUUGAAGCAACGAGCAAAUUUCCGCCUGAAGUCAUUGUCAAAUGUGGUGAUCUGAAAGACGAGUCUUUCUUGGCGAGCACCUUACAAGGACACGAUGCUUUCGUGCUCAUGCCACCUCUCCCCCACCUCGUCAGUCUGCAAGAGUUAGCAGUUCGAGCAGCAGCGAAAGCUGGAGUUCGAUAUAUCCUACCUGCAGAGUUUGGUCCAGAACCUUUCGCGUCGAAGCUGAUAGAGGACAAUCAACUUUUGCAAGACAAGAAGAAGAUCCGCGAUCCGAUUGAGGAACUCGCUGUCGGUCCAUUCCUCGAUAUGAACACUGGUCUUUGGGGCAUCGAUGUUGAGAGCCGCAAAGCUACAAUUUGGAAAGGAGCCGUUGGCAAGGUCAACACGUCCAGUGUUGCACGGACUGGCCAGGCUACAGCUGCAGUAUUGAGCCUCCCUGGGCGGGACUUUUCCCGGUAUAAGAAUCAGGCUUUCUAUAUCCCAUCGUUUCAUCUAAGCCAGAAGGAGCUUCUACUAGCAGUUCAGAAGGCAACAGGGACGGCGGACCAAGACUGGGAGAUAGACUACCAGGAUGUGAAUGAUGCACUGAGAGAUUGCAACGGCAAGAUCCAGGAGAAAGAUGCCACUGCCCCAUUUGUCAAGUUCUUCCUUACUCAUUUCCGGGAGGGGAGUGGAGGAGACUUCGAAAGCAAGGUCGAUGUCAGUGAGGUUGAGAAGCUGCACGAAAUCGGACUUCAGAGGGAGGCUCUCAACGAUGUGCUUGAAAGGGCUGUGUCAUAA